AUGACGGACGUAGGUUUAACGACUUUGUGUUGCCAAGUUCGUGCCGAAUUCGCAUCCACCAAGUCCCUUGAGGCAUCCGAUCGUUUACCAGAGGAAGUUGAAGAAGGCAAUGUUGAAUAUAAGCAGCAAUUGCUAGCUCCAUCACCUGGUCGCUUGCGCCAAUUGACGACGCAAAUGCAUUGGCGAUUAAACGAAGGUAAAGGCACUGCUUUUUAUGAACUUGGUGUUAAGGACAAUGGGGAGGUUUUGGGCCUUAAAGAGGAAGCUAUCUUACGCUCUUUAGUGACUCUAGCACGCAUGUGUCGUGUCGUACAUGCAGAAAUGUCGCUUUCUCAAUUUCGUGGAGGACGGGAUGCAAGUCACAAAGCUGUACGAAUACAAAUUGUGCGAGUACGUGAAACUCAUGCGACAAAACGACUGCGAAUGUCUUUGAUUGGAGACUUUAUGAGUGGCAAGUCGACAUUAGUAGGAGUAUUAACACGAGGUUGUCUUGAUGAUGGAGCGGGAUUAGCGAGAAUGCAAGUGUGUCGUCAUCGUCAUGAAUUAGAGAAUGGCUGUACAUCCAGUGUAAGUGAACAUACGAUUGCUGUUGCAGCAGAUGGUCACUUUCGUCGGAUAGAAGAACUUCGCUCUUAUGACUUUGAAGAUAGUGACGAUGAGAGUAAAAAUAUCGAAACUUUUACACGACAAGAGCGUUUUAUUACACUGAGUGACCUCGCAGGCCAUCUCAAGUACUUGAAGAGCACAGCAUCAGGACUUGCAGGACAAUUUCCUGACUAUGCAAUGGUUGUGAUUGAUGCUGUCCGUGGUGUUCGGGAUAUGACACGUGAACAUAUGAAGAUUGCCACGGCACUGAAUGUAGCCAUUUUUGUCGUAAUUACGAAAAUUGAUAUUGCAACAAAUGGCCGAAUUGAAGAAGUGAUAUGCGAAAUUACCGAUUUGGUCACAACAUUUUGUCCAAAUCAGCAAAUUAUUCUGGCACCGAAAUGCACUAGUACAAUAGUGGACGACAAAACAGAUCUCUUGGAACUUACUCAUUCAACCAUUGUACCGGUUUUUCAGAUUUCGAGCGUAACUGGUACUGGAUUAGAUGUCUUACAAGGAUAUUUUGCUAAACUCGAACCAAAGCGGUUGUGGGCAAUUAAAGCUAAGACACCAGCAGAAUUUCAAAUUCGCCAAGCGUACGACAUUAAAGAUGCUGGAAUCAUUGUAACUGGGCUGGUCCAAGCUGGUACAAUGUGUGUCCAUGAGCAAAUGUUGCUUGGACCCGAUGCAGACGGAAACUUUUGCGACGUCCUUAUUGAAAGUCUAGAAGUGCAACACAAAGCAGCACAAACUUUAAGCGCUGGUGAGACGGGAGCUGUGCGCAUUCGCUUUCUCUCAACUACUCAGCCAGCUUAUCGCCUCAGAAAAGGGACAAUGUUGGUACAUCCAAGUGUUCGACCGAUAGCAACGCGUCAAUUUGACGCUGAGCUCCAUUUUUUACCCGAUGCACGAAGAUUUCGCGAGAAUAAUCAAGUUGUGAUUCACACAGGGCAAGUACGUCAAAUGGCCAAGAUCGUAGAGUUAAAACUGCCUCAUACGACCAAGUCUCUUCCAGCUGCUCCAACAAUGUGCCGAUUUGAGUUUAUGUACUGGCCAGAAUACAUUCAGCCAGAUGUUCCACUGGUAUUGCGCGACGGUCGAACACAAGCUGUUGGUCGAGUUGUCCGGACAUUACCGUUUUUCCGUAAAGAACCUCGUGCAACUCACGUCUCAUCUUGCUGA